AUGGAAAUCAAGGCCAACCCAUCUCAAGCGUCAUUGAACCGCCUAGCAUCCAAGAGACUCCUCGAAGACGAUUCUUUCUGUACAGGAUCACCAACUUCCAAGCGCAUAAGAGCCGAGCCAACCCCCUCCGUCUCCGGCACCGGUAUCCCUCGCAUCAGGUUGGAGCCCUCCAGCUCUAACCUAGAGCCUUCCAGCUCCAACCCAGAGCCAAACGCCCCUCCUAUGCGCCGCACACCGGAGAACGAUAUUAUCGCAAUCUGCAAAAUCGGCUCAUCCCGCAACUUCACCGCCUUCGAACUCGAGCAACUUAACAUCAUCCAAACGAAAAUCGACUGGGUCUUCAACCACGGCGCACUAUCUUUUGAUGUCCACUCCGCGAUUAAGAAGAUCCCGCAUCAACCAUUUGAAUCUGAUGGCAUUAGUCUCAAGCGAGAACAGAAUCGCCUCAUCACCGAGUUGAUGAAGAGGAUGAAAGAUGCUAAUCCGAUGGCGACUCCUAGUAGGAGGAAGACUAAGAAUUGUCGGGCAAGGACUGUCAAGAGUCCGUCGGUGCCUGCACAACAGGCGGCGGCGCCGGUUGAGAAGGUUGAGAAGGUUGAGGAGGCUAAGAAGGUUGAGAAGAUUGAGGAGGUUAAGAAGGUUGAGAAGGUUGUGGGCAUGUUGGUGUUGAAUGAUGAGUCUGGAAAUACUGUCGCUCAAGCGGCUUCUAAUUUGCUUGCGAGUAGGGGGCUGAAGUUUACGUUGUGUGAGGGGGAAUUGCGGUUAUUAGAGUUAUAG